GAAAAAUACAAGCUUUAUACUUCUCUUCUUACACUCUGCAACAUACAGUAUUUUCCUAUUAUUAUUAUCAGAUCUUUCUUUUCCAUGAUCUUUCUCUCUCCUCCCCAGUUGCUGUCCAGACACAGACACUAGUCUCUCCUCCCCAGUUGCUAGAGAGAGAGAGGGGGAGAGAGAGAGAGGGAGGGAGAGAGAGAGAGAGAGAGAAAUCACCUACCUCACCACUACAGUUCGGCUUCGCAAGAGUAUAAGAACAAAAAAAGAUCACGUUAUUUGUCCAAAGCUUACGAAGGUUCAAAAAAAGAAGAGAGAGAAACUCUUUGAAGAGAGCUUCCUUCUUCUUCUUCUUCUUCUUGGUGAAGCUUGUUGUGGGCAUUCAUGAUCUCAGCCUCACCAGAGCCACCACCAUUACAUGAGGAUUUUUCUCUCUCUGGGUUCCACCAAUGGCAGCCAGCACAGACAACAAACCCCAUAUCAUCCUUGUUGUUAACGACCACCGUGAUGAUGUUCAAGAGGGCCGCCGGAGCUCCGUCGCCGGCGGCGGCGGCGAACGGUCGUCGGACGAGGAGGAGGAGGAGCGUAGGUGCUCCUCCGGAGCUGAGAUUGUGGAGAAGGGAUCCCCUGUGUCGGAGCGUUCGGUGGAGGUGGAUCUGGCUGAGGUGAAAGUACAUUUAGCGAAAGUUGAGAGGGAUUGCAGGAUUUGCCAUCUGAGCUUGGAUGCAGCCAAUCAUGAGUCUGGGAUUCCCAUAGAGUUGGGUUGCUCUUGCAAGGAUGAUUUGGCUGCUGCCCACAAACAGUGUGCUGAGGCUUGGUUCAAGAUCAAGGGUAACAAGACCUGUGAAAUCUGUGGGUCAACCGCACAUAAUGUUUCUGGUGUUAAUGAAGCUGAGGUGAUGGAGCAGUGGAAUGAAUCAAAUGAUAACGGGGCAACAACGCCCGCGACCGCUCCCGUUCACCCAGCGGAGACCAGGAACUUCUGGCAGGGUCACCGGUUCCUGAACUUCUUGCUUGCCUGUAUGGUCUUUGCCUUUGUAAUCUCUUGGCUCUUCCACUUUAAUGUACCCUCAUGAAGCCCUGAAUGAGGAAAUAAUUCUUUUCUUGCGUGUCAAUUGAGUUGAAUAGUAGAGAAACGAGCUUUUUUCUUUUUGAGGUACUGUCUUUGUACCCCUUUCUUCUUACUAUUGUUAUUGCUAGAUUGCUAGUCAGUUAUUUCUCUCUAUGAUCCGCACGUUGUUUAUAUUAUAUAUUUAUGAUUGUCAUAGUUUUCAGGUGACUAUUUGUGUAAUAUAAAUGUCCUUAAUUUCUUCUUCACAAGCCAAAAUAGUCUUGUGUAUGGUUGUAACUUUGUAUUAUUUUUGAAGCGUGCCUGUUUGUUUUGAAUCUAA